CUUAAACAAUAAGUGGUCAAGUAAGAAAAACCGAGAAAUGGCGUCAUCAGAUUCUGAUAGCGAUGUGGAGGGUCCUCAAGUUAGAGUUUCUCUGAAACUUUCCAAUGCGGUUCAGGACCGUUCCUUAGAAGUACCAAUUGAGCCGAUAGCUGUCCCUGCCGAUAUUGGACGGAAAGGACUUUCCGCUGUCUUGAACCACUUGCUUGGACGGUCAGUUACCAGCGAUAAAAAAGAUGACGAUAGCGACGAGGAAAUGAGCGAUGACGACGAUAGUGAUGACGAGAAACUUCCGCCACUCGCAUUUGAAUUCAUUGUUAAAGGAACGAGUAACCGACUCUUACGAAAAGGUGUUGAAAAAGAAGCUCGACAGCAUGGGCUGAGUCUAGAAGAAGCAAUAUCGAUCACAUACUUUCCUGCAUCGGAUGUACCGUAUCGAAAAGACGACGAGGAGACACUGCCAGACUGGGUUUCGUGUCUAUCGGCUUGCGAUGGGUAUGGUGAUAACGAAUCAAGUAAUUUUGUAUUUUCGGGAUGCUACGAUGGAUCGAUCCAUGCCUACAGAAGAAAUGAUGAUAGUUCUCUCACUAAGGUUGAUUUCACGACGGAUGGGACGGCAGGACCGAUCAAGGCUAUGGCAACAAUUCGGACCGAUGACAAGGUAUGGGUAGCUUCGGCAUCUAUGGAUCAUUCUCUCAAUGUUUAUGCAUUCGAAAGCAAUAGCAAGAAUGACAAAGCAAAGCUUGGGUUUCACGGACAGUGCGUGCUAGCUGCAAAUGAACUUGGAUCUUCUUCAUCCUCUUUCACUAGCCUUGACUUUAGCAACAAGAACAUCCUCGCAAGCGGAAGCGGCAACGGAAAAAUAUCUAUUUGGAAUGUUGAGAAUAUUGUAGACAAUCAUACGACGGAGACAGACAAGAAAAGGCAAAAGUCAUCUUCGAGUAAGAAAGUAAAACCGGCUGCAUCAAAGAACGAAAUUGCGGCCACGGUGCAUUUUGAAAAUGCACACUCUCAAUCGGUGACCGGCCUUUCAUGGGGAAAUCAUAACAAGACACUUACCGAUGGUAGUGAUGACACGGUUGGUGGCACCCAUCUUAUCAGUGGUAGUUGGGAUCAUUCGAUCAAAUUGUGGGACGUGGAAAAACACAACUGUCUAUUAACCUUGAACGGUGCUAGGGUAGUUUCUUGCUUGGAUACAUCGUAUCAUUCAGAAGGCGUGGUAGCUACGGGACAUCCCGACUGCACGAUCCGACUAUGGGAUGUACGAGUCAACAACACCAAACAAAAUACCAUGCUCGUUUCCGACAACACGUUUCGCCCCUCUCAUAAGGCAUGGGUCUCAAGUGUCAAAUGGAGUCGCUCGAAUGCCUACCAAUUGGCAUCCACUAGUCAUGACGGCGCCGUAAAGGUUUGGGACAUUCGCUCUUCAAACCCCUUGCACACAGUCCGAACUUUUCCAAAGGAAGAAAAGGGGCUUUCCUUAUUGUGGCUUCCGGCUUUGGAAGCAAAGAGUAGCGAAGCGAUCUACGCUGGAGGAACAGACUGUGUCAUAAAACGACUAGAGAUGUAGGAUAUUCAAUAUUAUGAAUAAAAAUUUAUUGCAAUC